CUCUUCCGUCACACCCCGUCCUCUUUCCUCUCCAUGGCGCACCACCUCCUCCACCACCGCCUCUCGCACCUGGCUCAUCCGCUUCUACGCCUCCUCGCCUCCCGUCUCGGCCGCUCCACCCCGCCGCGCGUCCUCCCGCUCAUCCUCUCCGCCGCCUCUGCCGGCGAUCCGGCCCCUCUUGUAUCUGCCCUCUCCACAGCCUACGCCGAGGAGGGUCUCCUCCCCGAUGCGUGCGCCCUCGUCCUCCUCGCCCUCCGCCGUGGCAUCCGCCUCGCGCCCACCAUGUGCACUGGCCUCAUGAGUCGGUUCCCCACUGCUCCCGAAGCCUACACCUUCUACCUGCAGCUGCUUGACGCCGGCCUGCCUCCGGAGGCCAAGCUGUUUAACGUUCUGAUGCGUGACCUUCUCAGAUCGGGCGACCUUGCAAGUGCACAGAAUGUGUUCGACGAAAUGCAUAGCAGGGGUGUGCGGCCAACGGCCGUCAGCUUUAACACCAUUAUUUCGGGGAUGUGCAGGCUUGGUGAUCUGGACGGCGCGGACAGGCUUUACAGGGGAAUGGCGGAAGCAGGUGUCUUGCCAGAUGUGUACACUUACGGUGCUUUGAUACAGGGGCUGUGCAGGGUGGGGAGAUUAGAGGGUGCAAGGACGGUGUUUGAGAAAAUGUGCAAGACAGGUAUGAGACCCAAUGCAGUUGUGUUCACGAUUUUGAUAGAUGCACAUUGCAAGGAGGGGAACGUGGAGACUAUUCUGGAGUUGCACCGGGAGAUGGGAGAAAGGGGUGUGAGGCCAGAUGUGGUAGCGUACAAUGCACUGGUGAAUGGGCUUUGCCGAGCAAGAGAUUUGAAGUCUGCUCGUGGAAUUUUGGUGGAUAUGAGGAGCGCAGGUCUCAGGCCAGAUAAGGUUACUUAUACCACCCUCAUUGAUGGAUAUUGCAAGGAAGAAGAGUUAGACAUGGCAAUGGAGAUUAAACAGAACAUGGUAGCUGAAGGGGUUGCAUUGGAUGAGGUGACAUAUACAGCACUCAUAUCAGGGUUGAGCAAGGCAGGGCGUUCAGUUGAUGCCAAGAGGGUUCUGGAUGAGAUGAUGGAGGCUGGUUUGGAGCCUGACAACACGACCUACACAAUGGUGAUUGAUGCUUUCUGUAGGAAAGGGGACGUGAAGACAGGCCUUAGACUAUUGAAGGAAAUGCAGAGUAAGGGUCGAAAACCAGGAGUUGUCACAUAUAAUGUGAUUAUGAAUGGUUUCUGCAAGCUGGGACAGCUGAAGAAUGCAGACAUGCUUCUUAAUGCGAUGCUUAACAUAGGCGUAUCUCCAGAUGAUAUCACAUACAACAUUCUCUUGGAUGGGCAAUGCAAGCAUGGAAAAGUAACUGAUUCUGAAGAAUUGAAGAGUGCAAAAGGAAUGGUGCCAGAUUUUGGUGUUUAUUCUUGUCUAGUCGGUGAAAUUGUCAAGAAGAAAACAACUAAGACUUAUGAUAGAUAACAUGGCGGGCAAAGACAGUACUUUUCCUACAGUAAAUUUCAUCGGUAUAGAAGAUGCAGAACAUGAAAUGAGUACAUGUGCACUGCAAGCCCAGGAUGAUGAAGGCAUGAAUUUAGUCCAAUUGGCAUGCAUAUCAUUUUUAAGAGUGCAAGCAUGAGGAAGAAGUGGGUUUUGAAGUAUUAGCAACCUGAUACGGUCCUUGAUUCUGUAUAUAUACAAUUAUACUUCCUUGAUCAGUACAGACGCUGAGAAAUGGCUACGUGGAAUAUGAGGCGUUCUGAACAACUGGGAUGCAUAGUGUACAACAAUACAGGUGAUGUGUCUGUUACUCUCUACAGGGCUCGAGAUGAGUGUCCUGGCUGCAUGCCGGUGUAACAAAGUUGCCUUCACUGAUUCAUAGCGAACUGCAGCAAGUCAGGUCGAUGGUCGUGACUGGAAGAAUUUUUUACAUACGACUUUAUUUCACCCAGUGUGCAGCUAAACGUUUGCUUGAUUUUUUCUCUCAUGGUAAUUCCAUGUCUGAUAACCCC